AUGUCCAAGCCCCAGACUUGCGACUACUACGCCGACCUGGGCUUGUCCCAGGCGGCGACCCAGCGCGAAAUCAAGGUUGCUUACAAGAAGCUGGCGCUGUUGCACCACCCAGACAAGAAGUUUGGAGCGGCGGCAGCAGACACAGAUGAAUUUUUGAAGAUCCAGGCCGCCUAUGAGGUCCUCCAAGAUCCCGCGAAGCGCGCACUCUAUGACCAGCGUUACGCCAAGUCUCAGCGAAUACCAGCAGCCUACCAGAAUCCACAGCGUGCCUCCAACUACAAGGCCAAGCGAAGGGCGGACGACCACAAUUCUGCCGCUCCUCAUGGUGCCAAACGCCAGAAGACCGCCUCGCCUAGCACUUACGAGAUAUUCAAGCUGCCUUCUGAGGAGGACCUCAAGAAAGUCAAGGAGAAUCUUGAGAAGCACAGAGCGAGGAUCAGGGCUAGGGGAAUGCUGCACUUCGAGCGAAUACGGGCUGCGAAGGCAAUGGAAAAGGCACAGAUGAAGGCGAAAGCAAGGGCACAGGCGCAGGCGAGGGUGAGGGCGCGGGCGGGCUUCUGA